AUGGCCAUUGCUGCCGCUGUUAUUCUUCCUCUUGGCCUCCUUUUCAUUCUGUCUGGCCUCAUUGUCAAUUUCCUUCAGGCUCUUAUUUUCAUUCUCGUUCGCCCUUUCUCAAAGAAUUUAUUUCAAAGGAUCAACAAGCAUGUAGCAGAACUAUUGUGGCUGGAGCUUGUAUGGCUGUUCGACUGGUGGGCACAUAUUAAGGUUGAACUGUAUACAGAUCAAGAAACCUUGAAUUUGCUGGGUAAAGAGCAUGCACUCCUCAUCUGCAAUCACCGAAGUGAUAUAGACUGGCUUGUAGGAUGGGUUCUUGCUCAGCGCUUUGGCUGCCUUGGGAGCACAUUGGCACUGAUGAAAAAAUCAGCUGUUUACUUGCCGGUACUUGGCUGGUCAAUGUGGUUCAAUGGUUAUGUAUUUCUUGAAAGAAGCUGGAAAAAGGAUGAGGAUACUCUGAAGUCAGGUUUUCAGGGUCUAAAUGAUUUUCCCCAGCCAUUUUGGUUGGCAGUUUUUGUCGAAGGAACUCGUUUCACACAGGCAAAACUUGCUGAUGCACAGCAAUAUGCUGUUUCACAAGGGUUACCUGUUCCACGUAAUGUAUUGAUACCACGCACUAAGGGGUUCGUUUAUUCAGUUAAUCAGUUGCGAUCAUUUGUUCCUGCAAUUUACGACAUAACUGUGGCUAUACCUAAACACGAGACUCAGCCAACGUUGCUAAGAAUGUUCAGAGGGCGAUCUUCUGUGGUGCACGUGCACAUUGAAAGGCAUUUGAUGAAUGAACUUCCCGAAACUUGCAGUGGCAUUUCACAGUGGUGUAAAGAUACAUUUGUUUCAAAGGAUGCUUUGUUGGAACGACAUCUUGCCAAAGACACAUUUGGAAGCAAACAAUGCCAUGAGAUUGGCCGGCCAGUAAGAUCACUCCUGGUUGUUAUUUGUUGGUCGGCUUUCCUAAUGUUUGGCGCUGUCAAAUUCUUCGAAUGGUGCACAUUUUCAUGGGGUGAAGUUGCAUUCUGUACAGUUUUCCUGGUCCUAGUUUUGCUCUUCAUGCAGAUACUCGUCGUGUUUUCCCAAUCCGAACGGUCGAACCCGGUUGUUAAGGAACCCCCUCGAAGUUCAUUGGAGGAAAAGUUUAUUAACAUCCGAGGCGAAGAUGCAUGA